UUAGUAGUGGUGGCAGUGAAGGUGCUGGUGUUGUGGUGGUAGUGUUACAAGUAAAUAAGGAAAUAAGUAAAGAAUAUUUGUGUAUAACCUUGAUGAGUUCACUGUCCACCGAUGGCUACCAGAUUGUGGUGGGCGGCAGUCAGUCCAAGCUGGUGCCAGACAUGACCAUCGCCAACAUUCAGGGAAAAUUGAGUGGUUAUGGUGUGGAGGAACAGCUGCCAACAAUAGCAAUAGUGGCGCACUAUGAUGCCUUUGGAGCAGCACCGGAGUUGGCGUGGGGUGCAGACAGCAAUGGGUCAGGUGUGGUGGUGCUGCUGGAGCUCGCACGCAUCCUGUCACGCCUCUAUGCCUCACCACGCACUCACCCUCACCUCAACCUGGCCUUCCUCCUCUCUGGGGGAGGCUACAUCAACUACCAGGGGUCCAAAAGGUUCCUGGAGGACCACCUGGAUGCCUCAGACUCACCACUGCUCUCAGAGACAUACUACACCCUGUGCCUGGACACCCUGGGCAGUGGUGACGCCCUCAGGCUGCACGUGUCCAAGCGGCCCAAGGAGACUUCCCCGGGGCACAGUUUCUACCAGGCCCUGGAGGAGGAGGGCAGCAAGGCGGGCCUAGUGGUGGAGAUGGUGCACCGCAAGAUCAACCUUCAGGAGGAUACACAGGCCUGGGAACAUGAGAAGUACAGCAUGAGGAGACUGCCAGCCUUCACUCUCUCCAGGCUGCAGGGACCCAAGACUGGAGAGCGCGGCAGCAUCCUGGACACACGGGACACCAUUGACGUGGCGGCGCUGACCAGGAACACUGAGGUAGUCGCCUCAGCGCUGCUGAGGCACAUCUACAACACCUCUGUGGAUGGCAUCUUUGACAAUGGCCUGGCUGUGUCUGAGAAGAGCAUCCUGUCGUGGCUGGAUCUUAUCACCUCACAGCCCCGCUCCCCUCAGUUGCUUUCUGGCAAGAACAGUCCCCUGGUCACCACCCUCCACCAGAUACUCAGCAGGUCAGUGCACCAGUAGUCUUGGGCAGAGGUCUUGUCACUCUAUCACCAGGCAACAUUUACCAAACCUUUAAACAAACCUUAUUCUUAGUGUUAAGGUCCCCAGUCUUUUAUACAUUAUGAUCUAUGUUCUGUGGCCAUGACCUCACUUUGUUCACACCUGACCUUUAUUUGUCUGAGUCCUGUUUCUGUUUCAUUUUUUUUUAUUUCUGUACCUGUUUUACUGUUCAUAUCUGUAUUCAGUCUUGUCUUUGUAUAUCUCUCUCUCUCUCUCUCUCUCUCUCUCUCUCUCUCUCUCUCUCUCUCUCUCUCUCUCUCUCUCUCUCUCUCUCUCUCUCUCUCUCU